CUCCCGCGCCCGCCCGCCGCCAUGUUGAGGCGGUCGCUGCCCGGCGCUGGGUGAGGCCUGUGCGGGCCCGGGCGGCGGCGGAGCCCGCGGCGGAGCGGCCCGGUCGUUUUCAUCAUGGGGGACAUGAAAACUCCAGACUUCGACGACCUCCUGGCUGCGUUCGACAUUCCUGACCCAACCAGCCUUGACGCCAAGGAAUCUAUCCAGACAGCCGGCGAGGAGAACGAGAGCCACCUCAAGCAGACCGGGAUCGGCAUCGACGAAAACGCCUCUUUGUCCCACGCUGCCCCGGCCUCUGACGUUCCGGUCGUGAGCGUCAUUGUGAAGAACACCUGUCGCCAGGAGUCAUUCGAGGCAGAAAAGGAUGGCAGUCACCUUGGGCCGGGCUUGUUGCACAACGGAUUCCGUGGCUCGGAUCUGCCCCUGGAGACUCACAGCUACGGGAAAUUCGAUUCGGCUUUCAUCAACGGGGACGGCUUGAGGAACUACCCAGAGAAGUUGGAACACGCCAAACCCGAGCCUUUACCAACCUUUAGUCAGUUCAGUCCCAUCUCCAGCCCGGAGCCCGAAGACGUCCUCAAAGAAAACAGUAUUGUAGACAAACCUAAACAUGCCCAAACUCCUUAUUUCCCACCCCAUCCCAUGUAUAUUCCAUCGGGGUCAUCCGUGUUAGAUUUGCUCAGUAGGACCUUGCCGGAGCCGGAAUUUAGUAGGUUUAUAUCCACUGGUCCAUCGCUGCUAGAUCUCUUAAGUAAGAAACUGCCCGAACCGGAGCUGAGUAUGUUUGAUCAAUAUUGUAAAAGAGACCCAAAGAUUGACAUCCACGGGCUUCAGGAGAACAGGGCAGACGUCACCACCAAGGGAGAACGUGACAAGAGUCCAGAGAAGUGUGACGGGCCCGGCAAAGACCUCACAGACACACAUGGUUCCUUUGGGGAAGGGCUGCCUCUUGGCAACUUCCACGGAAAUAACCUGGGGGACGGUAAAGGUUCUGUGCCCGAGGUGACCUUCUCUUCCUCGGUCCCACCUCGCCAGCGUCUCAAGCCCACUCACUCCAAGCUUUCCUCUUGCGUCGCUGCCCUGGUAGCGCUCCAGGCCAAAAAGGUUGCGGGGAUCUCCAAGGAGGAUCAGGGGACGAGAGAGCCUCCCGCCUCCUUUAAGGAUGGCGUUAAGGGGAGUCCCAAAAUGCCCAAGUCGCCAAAGAGCCCCAGAAGCCCCCUGGAAAUGGUGAGAAAGGCCAGCAAACAGCCCGAAUCUCCCCGGAGCGUGUGCAGCGACAGCAGCGGCAAAGGAUCUCCUUCGAUGGCCACCGGCUCCCCGCCGGCCAUUCCCAAAGUCCGGAUCAAGACCAUCAAGACCUCUUCCGGGGAAAUUAAAAGGAUGGUGACGAGAAUCUUGCCCGAGGCAGACGAGCUGGGCAAAUCUCCUCAUGAUUCGCCUGCUGACGGCUCAAUGCUCGAAUCCUUCCCUUCUCCAGAAGCUGCCUCUUCCAUGGAAGCCGAGCCGGGCAAGGAUUUUCCAAAAGCAAGCCCCCUGGAACCAAAUUUAGCCAGCCCCCAAAUCAACUCUUUGAUUUCGGACGUUCCCCUAAGCGGCAUCCCCGGUGCGUCGCUCUUGGCCAACAGCGGGACGACGAAAGUCGGCCUGGCGGGGCAGCCAUUGAGCAAGAAGCAGCCGUCGGGCAUCGUGGCCCAGCUCUGCAACCCCGCCAGCCUCCUCCCCAAGGCCGUGCACCUGGCCAAUCUCAACCUGGUGCCCCACAGCGUUGCCGCUUCAGUGGCAGCCAGGUCAUCCGUGCAGCGGCGCAGCCAGCCCCCACUGAGCCAGGUGACCGUGCCGCUGGUGCAGCAGGUCAAGAAGACCGCCCCGCUCGUGGUGGAGGCGUUCAACAAAGUGUUGCAUGGCGCCAACCCCGUGCCAAUCUAUACGCCCAACCUCAGCCCUCCCCUGGAGAGCAGUAUUCACGUCCCGGCCGCUGGGUAUUGUUGCCUGGAAUGCGGGGAUUCCUUUGCCUUAGAAAAAAGCCUGACGCAACAUUACAGUCGGAGGAGUGUGCACAUCGAGGUCAUGUGCACUCAGUGUUCAGCCACGCUGCUCUUCUUUAACAAGUGCAGCCUGCUCAAGCACGCACGGGAUCACAAGAGCAAAGGCUUCAUCAUGCAGUGCUCGCAGCUCUUCUUGAAGCCCAUUUCUGCUGACCAAAUGUUCUCGCCGUCCCCCACCAGCUCGUCAGCGUCUUCAAGCCCGCCGACCGCCCGGUUGCCCUCUCUGCCCCAGAAGCCCUGCGCCGCCCCAGGAGGUGCGGUGGGCAGCCCGAGCGGUGCUCAGCCGGCCCUGCCUCUGUACACAGACCCCUUGAGACUUAUUCGUUAUGGAUUAAAGUGUUUUGAAUGUAAUAAACAGGCCUUGGACUAUAUUGCCCUAGCAGCACAUUAUCAGAGGACCUCGGAAGAGAACGAGGGCCUGACGUGUCAAGUGUGUCAGAUGCUGUUGCCGAACAAAUGCAGCUAUUGUGCUCAUCAAAGAAUCCACGCACACAAAUCUCCCUACUGCUGCCCUGAGUGCGGAGCCAUAUGCCGGUCAGCCUACUUCCAAACUCACGUCAAAGAGAACUGCCUGCAUUACUCCCGCAAAGUCGGUUACAGGUGCAGCCACUGUGGGGUGGUUUUCAUGUCCCAGGCUAUGCUGAAAGUCCACAUUCACGAGAAGCACUGUGAAGUCUUCCACAAGUGUUCGUUCUGCCCCAUGGCCUUCAAGUCUGCAGACAGCACCACCGCUCACAUUACCAGUCAGCAUCCUGCAGAGCCUCACAAGACAUCUCAGGUGAUCUACAAAUGCUCCUGUGAGACGGUCUUCAACAAGAAGAGACUUCUGCAAGAGCACUUCCAACAAAAUGCCAACCGGCUGAUGGUGGGCGUGUUCAAGUGCCCCCACUGCCAACUGGUGUACAUGCAGAAGUUGCAGUUAAUGCAACAUGUCAAGAGCAUCCAUGGAGUCCCGGAAAACCCCGAGGAUCUCACCAGCGCUCGGCAGAAGGUUGAGACGGCCACCACGAGCAGUCCCGUCCUCCCCACAUCCAAGGACCUGGCCAUCGUCAACGGGACUUCUCAGCCGACCUCUUUGCCUACCAAAGGCAUGAGCCCAGACUCCAAGCCAAAGUCCAAAACGUGCAGUUGGACUUGCCGGGUGUGCUCGCAGUGGAUCCCCGAUCGUGAAACUUACGUCUCCCACAUGAGGAAAAGCCAUGGAAAGAACAUGAAGAGGUUUCCCUGCCGCCAGUGUGACAGAUCCUUUGGUGCCUCCAACAGUCUGCACAGACACGUUCGCAAUAAUCACGACACAGCAAAGAAGCUGUACCCUUGCUGGUAUUGCACAGAUGAAAUCCAGACAUUUCCUCAGCCAUCCAUGCUGGAGAGUCACAUGAGCCUCAUGCACGGCAUCAAAAAUCCAGAUCUUUCCCAGAUAUCCAAAGACUUGACAAAAACAAAAUCUCCAAAGAGAGUAACCGCCGACGGUCUGAGUCCGAUGGAAGCGACCGCAUCCGGAUCAGAUGACCCGCCAGCAAAGAAACUGAAGGCAGCCCGCUGGAAAUGUGCAAAGUGUAGCUUUGCGACAGCCACCGAGACUGAAUUUCUGGAACACAUACCUCGACACAAGUCAGACAGUUCCACUUACCAGUGCCUGCUCUGCGGCUUGUGUUACACGUCGCACCUGUCUCUGAACAGGCACCUUUUCAUCGUUCAUAAAGUCAAAGAUCCGGAGGAAGACGAAGAGGAGGAGGAGGAGGAGGAGGAUGAACAGCCAGAACAAAAGAGUGCAAAAGAAGUUCCGGAAAUGGAGACGAGAGAGAAUGGACUGGGGGAAGCCCAGGGCGAGACCAGCCACAGCAGGGCAGGAGACCCUUCCAAGAACAGAGACUCGGAGCGCGACUCCUCGCCCUGCGGCAAAGAGAGAACGAGUUCUCAGAACAAACCCGCAAAGUCUCCCUCUAUUUAAGAGCGCGCUCAGCUGCCCCAGAAACCUUGCUUGAAGGAGGGAGGGAGGGAGGAGCUUGUUGAUUUGAUGGAAUGGGCAUAGGGUUCAGUUCAUUUUGAUUAGGAAGGGAAAUUGACAAGAAGCACCAGUUGCCACACCGUCUCCCCAGCACUAAAUGAGUAACGGAACGGGAAGGAAGAGAGAGAGAGAGAGAGGGAAAUUAGAACAGUCUUUCUCAGCCUUGGCUGUUUAAAGAGGAGUGGGCUUCUUCUCCCAGAAUUCUGUGCUGGUUGGGGAAUUCUUGGAAUUGCAGUCCACAGUUCUUAAAGCAGCCAAGGUUGAGAAAGACGGGCAUGUAGGAUAAUCAUGCCAGGUUUCCCCCAGCAAAAACGAAGCAUUCACCUGCUGCCCAAGAUGUUGGCCUAUUAGCUCAAGAUUUUUAAUUAAGAACACAGUCCUUUCUCCCACUCCCUUAGGGCCAGGAGGCCAGGAAACCUCCUGGCUCCACCCCCUGUCACCGACGGUUCUUUCCUUUCAAAACAAAAAUCCACCAGGCCUGAAAAAUCACCUUUCGGACACUCUGUGGAUGUGGUUUUUUGAAUCUUGCUUUUUUUCUUUUUCCUAGCAGACACAUUUCCAGCACUGCUCAGUGGCAGGUGGAGGGGUUUUUUCUUUUGUUUGUGAGAAAACAUUACAUCAGGCUCUGCUUAGUCUUGGUUGCAGGUGAAAAUCAGUUGCAUAUCUGUUUGAGCAUUUGCCCUCUCCUUGCACAUGUACAUGCACGCCUGGAAGUAGUGAUCACACAUGGCAGUGUCCCCCAAGAUAACCCUUCUCUCUCUCUCUCUCUCUCUCUCUCUCUCUCUCUCUCUCUCUGUGUGUGUGUGUGUGUGUGUGUGUGUGUG